GGGUAGGUGAUGGAGGAUGGAACCCAAGGGCUUCACAGGAGCCCCAUUUGGGAGUCAAACAGCCAGAUUUGAUGUGUCAGCAAUUUAUCCAAAUGUCAAGAGGCCGAGUACUUUCCUGCAAGCUCCAUACUCCAAGACAGUUUGUUCAGACUUGAACCGAAAAUUAGGACCAGGUACCUACAGCACUGACUAUGGAGGCUUCAGUUCUGCUACUUCGUUUCAGAAGCAGUUUUCUAGCUCUAGCUGGGCAAAAGCACAGGAGGCAGCAAGACUCACCCAAAUGCCCCACUUUCAUUUUAAGGAAAUAUGCUUCAGAGAAAAACUUCUGAAAGAAAAACUGGGCCCAGGAACUUACAACUACAAAGAUUUUCUGGAACUUCAAGAGAAGCGUCCUCACAGUAUUAGAGGGAUAUGUAAUACUGGAGAAGGGAGCGGCUUGGGACCUGGCACCUACAAUCUCAAAAACGGAAUAGAUGAAAUGCUGAAACGGGUGGUCAGCAAGAAAGGCCCCUAUGAAACCUUCACAGGAGACAGGUCAAAGCCUAUAAAGUGUGGACAUUACGCAACUGAUAAAAAACCCACUGAGCUGAGUAAGAGCAAGGUCAAGAGCUUUCUGGAAGAAUUGGAGACUAAAGAAAAAAGGAAACAUGGAGUUUUCAGCACGCUUGCUCAGUAUCCUAAGUACCCAACGGAACGGAUCUUCUGGGCUACGGUGGGCCUAGGUCCACAUGAACAAUUCAGAGCUGGCCCAGGUUCCUAUAACAUAAUGCCUAUCAAGAGAAAAGAAUUUGAAAACCAACCACCAUUCUGGGUUGGUGCUAAAAGAUUUGACAAGAAGGCAUUGCGUCUCUUCUUUGGAAGUGCUAACCCAGUUGGAGUUGGUCGAUAUGAUGCCACUAAGCAUGAAAAGUAUCCAAAGAAGAUCAGAUAUCGUUCACUUUAUAUGAAUGAAGCACGGCGUUACCUUAGUAAUCUGGAGAGAGACAAAUACUUGCAGGCACGGAUCACCCCUGUUAACAAAGGCCACUGGGAGAAUUCAGCAUCUUAAGCAGCCAUUGUUUCUUCUCAAACAUUCAAGCUGCAUUCCUAGUUAAUUUUCAUGGUAUUCUGCCCACAUGACUGAAUCAAGAAGAUACCUCAACAUUUGCUGCAAAUACCUUGUUUCACAGUUGCAAUAAUCUCUUGGUAAUUAUGUUAAUCAUUUACAUCAUUUUCCCACUAAAAAUCAAGUUGUUUGGUGGAAUUUGGUAAAUGUAUGUGUUUUGUUUCUAAAGCCAGUCUGCUGCCUAAACUUACAUCAACAAUAAAACUGCUGACACAGUGUCUUUAAAAAUGGAUAUUAAAAAACACAUCCUAAAAAUAUAAAGAGAAUGUCUACUGGAUUCCAGGAUAAACGGGCUGUUUAGGCAGCCAAUAGGAACUUGUUCCUUCCAAUGUUCCUCAUACAAGUCCCUAUGAAGCAGGAGAAUGGAAGAAAGUAAAUAAAUCUUGAUCUGCACUAGUUUUCUAAUAUGGCAAAGGGUGCUUUUAUCCCUUCAAAGCAAAUCACGUUUUCUUAUUAGAUGUACAACAAAUAUUUUUAAUUCAAAAAAUAAAACCACCACAAUUUUAUUCAGUCACAUCAAAAUAGC